AUGGCGGAUGGUAUCAACGUGUCACCAUUGGAUGAUCUGGCAUUUAGUAUUUAUCAAGAUCCUCAAUUGGGCGAUAUUAUCCGUCGAUUGCAGUGCCAGAAGUUGGAAUAUGCACGUUGUGAAAAUUAUGACAUGGCUACGAAAGCGCGUGACGCCAUUCGCUGUAUCCAGGAGGCUGGUGAACAGAUAUGCAGACUCGAAUUUGAAAAACAGGAAGCGGUGAAGUUGGAGAACUAUGAGGAGGCCAAAGUGAAGAAGGAACAAAUUAUUCGAAUCCGUGAUGAAUUGGCACGCACCGUUGAUCUUGACGCACUUAUUAGUGCAGAUUCACGUCCCCAGCACCACCCUCGACUCACUAUGCAAUACUCGACCGAAGCAGAGCCCGAGACUAAUCCGGAGCCCUGCUCGUUCGACUCUACAGCAAGCGGUGAGGACGCCUUUCCAGUGCAUUAUGGCCACAACGUUGCGGACGAGCGCCCUCUGCCUGCCCUGCUCAAGAAACAGGCAAACAACUGCAUUGAAGGGACCGCCCAGUUAGAGGAGAACUGCAGUUCUCCAAAGCUGGAUAACGAAUGCCAGGGUUUAUCCGAGGCAACAACUCGGCAAGCCGCUGUGGCUAUCGAUGUUGUUGGUCUUCCUCUGGUUCAGCUAUUUUACAGUCGGUCAUGGAAACUGCGAGAGCAGGCCUUAACGGAUUUGGAGCAGCGAGUUUCUCGAGAUCCACUUCCGCCGCCGGUAUCACUUGAGUCAAUGUCCUCUGAGUCCGAUCCUGUUGGAGAACUGCGUUCAACUACAUUUCUGCUUCAAAGAGCACUUAACGAACAGGUUUUGACUCUCUACCGCAAAGCUCUUGAUAUGAUUCAAACAACAAUUGUUGACUUCGGCGAACGUCACCACAUCGCGAAACCGGAAGUAUUCACUUCACUUGACAAGAUAGUGCGGCUUCUACUGCAACGCACUGGAGAUUCCUCCUUAAGAGUCCGAGAUGUUACCAAGGCUAAGCUAAUUGAAAUGGCCAAAUGGUCCAUUUUUCGACAAGAUGGAGGAUUCUGGCAUGAAAUCCUCCGGCCAUUCCAACCAACCGCUCUGGAGCGACUCGCUCUGUGUCAAAUGCAGAUUGUUCGCGAGCUGGCUGAAUCUUUGAUUGUGGCGUUGUACAGGUCGGAGGACAGGAAUCUAGUUCGUCAGAUUAUGCCUCCGAAUGACUGGGAGGCUCAGCGACACCCACUCUAUCGACGAAUUUUUGCCAAAUUUGACAAAAUUGACGGUAGGGAUCAUCCAUCCGGUGUUCUGCCGCCAUCUCGCAAAGUGUUUCAAAAGAGACACGAUGAGCAAGGUGUUCCGAAGCACCAAAGACGCAUUCGUGGUCAAACACCCUUGCCACCACAAAAGAAUGGCACUGCGCUGAGAGAAUCGCCCACUCUGGUGCCAGCUAAAUCAUUCGCAGAGAUGGCCUCCUUGGCUGCUAGCAAUAGUGAGCUGGAUCUUCUACUAAGCCUCAACAAGACUUGCAUCUUCUGUGGGGAACAAAAUGAUGACUUCACUGAGGAGGCACUCGAUAUGCACUACUGGAAGGCGUGUCCUAUGCUGAGGCGCUGCCCUAAUUGCAAACAGGUUAUUGAGGUUUCCGGAUUGACAGAGCACUUGUUGAACGAGUGUCCCAAGGCCAAUAAUUUGGGCGGUUAUCGGCGUUGUGAGCGUUGCAGCGAAGCCAUUCCAAACGCCACCUUCAUCGCGCACAACUCAUGCAAAAUGGCACCAAAUCCUUCACUGCGCUGCCCCCUCUGCCACGCCGACCUGGCUGACGAUGGAGUGCAGGGCAGCAACAACGAAGACGCAUGGCGGGUGCAUCUGCUGAAGGAGUGCAGACAGAACAGUCGAAUGUCACGGCUGCCGCCAUCCCCUGACUUCGUGAUUCAAGCCCCCUCCAUUCCUCCAGAAGCGCCAUUUCCGGGCAAAAAGGCUGUCGUCAAGCGCAUUAAUGUGUGA